UUUUUUUAUUAUUCUGCUUCAUUUCAUUGUCUGAGUACUGUAGUCAGUCAGUGACAUUACAAUUGAGUCUAAUCUAAUCUAUUCUAAUCUAGUCUAAUCUAAUCUAUUCUGAUAUCAAAUCAGCAGCAGUGGAAGAAGUAUAAAAAACAUUCAGUAAAAGUGGCAAAACAACAGUGUAGAAACACUCCAUUAAAAGUCAAAGUCCUGCUAUUGAAAGUAUUUUCAUCACAACAUAUGAAAAGAAAGAAAACUGCUCAUUUAUGGCUCCUGGCAGUGUUAUAUUCAAAAUUAGAGCUGAAUUAUUAUCACUGAUGUACUACUGUGAGAGAAGCUGUUUACUGAUGUUGGAGAUAGGGCUAGUUGUCAAGUCACUUCAGUUACUUUAAGAUUUAUACCAAUAUAAUGAAUAAUAAUAAUAAUUCCUGCCAAUAAUUCCUGUCAAACUGAAAACUGUUAAGAUGACAUAUAAGUUAGAUUUAUUUGUAUAGCACUACUUAGGACAAGAGCAGUCUAUACAGUAGUGUCAAUUAAAAACCAAUCCCAUAAAAACAGAAAAGGAGACACACACAAGCAAACAUAAUAAAUACAAACAAAUGAGUUUUUAGUUUAGUGGACAGUUCUGCCUGAGGUAUGGCAUAGGUAUUAAGUUUAUCAGCUGCUCAGAGCCUCCAUCUAACUGCAAUCAUACCAUGAGUUUAUCACAGCCAAGAAACUCCUUUUAAAUCCUCCAUGGUGGAAGGUGGACGGCUCAUUUAUUUUCAUUAAUACAUUUUACAAGGACUCAUGGGAUGCACAACUAAUUGGAGGCCACAGAACAAAUUCCUGCUCCUCUCCUUUUUUCAGCCUUGAUUUUUAACACAUUAGCUGCAGUAACUAAGGAAAGCAACUAAAUCUCUUUAUUCAAGUACUGUACUCAUGUAUAGUCUCAAGGUAUAUGAACUUUACCUGACAAUUUCCACUUUGUUUCUACGUUAUACUUCUAUCCUACUAAACCUGCUAAACAUUUGGAAAGGUUUAGUAGAUGUCUGUGACUGCCUAUGUAGGUUAGACUGAUGUACAGUAAAAGAAAAUAAAAGAGUAAAUGGAUUUGAAUGGUUUAUAUGUAUUUUUAUAAUGAAACAACAGACAGAUAUGGUCCCAUAGGCUGUAUAUGCAAUCUAUAUACUGUCUAUGUAUGGUCACUUACUGAUCACGUCGAGUCGGCUGCAGUAUCAACGUUAGCCACUGCAGGUGGUCGGCGGUGUAGAGCAUACAGGGCUAGGUACUGAAGGCGAAGAAGAAAGCUGACCGUAAGGUAAACAUGGCCGCUCUGUUGAAGCUGUAAGCAGGGUAUGUAUCUGUGUUGUGCAGAAACCUUCAGAUAUGAACACAUCUCAGCACCGUGCCCCGUCAGUACAGCAGCAGCCUCCUGCCUAUACUGGAGGCUUUCUUGAGACCCCGUACCCCGCCAACAGGCCACCACCAAGCGGCGCGCCCCCUGAACCGACGCAGUGGGCUUCUCCAACGGGAUUAACACAGCCGGACCACGCUGCUUCCCGGUGGGCUCCUUCAUCGGCUUACGUCGGUCACCAAGGCUACGGAUUCAGUUUCCCCGCGUCAGGUUCCAGAGGAGGGGGUUUCGGAGGGCCUCGCUUGGCCCCUCCAUAUGGAUUUGAUCCUUCCGUCCCUCCACCUCCCUUUGGCGGUCCUCCACCUGGGCACUUCCCUACCACAGUGCCCCCCGCUUCGGUAAACACAUACGAAAACCUCCCGCAACUACCAGCCGGUCCUCAGCCUCCUCAGUAUGAAUACCACCCGGUGCCAAACUCCGGCGAGAACCGUCAUCAGGAAUAUGACGGUUACCGCGAGGCUGGGGCUCUGUUCGGCGGCCCGCUGCUCCCUCCUCCUCUGGGUCAGAACCAUGACCGGAUACCGGGACCAGCAACACAACCUGACGAUGACGCCGCCUUUCAGAGGAGGCAGGAUACACAGUGGCUCAGACGGUUCUUACAAAGCAGGGCUGAAGUGUCGAAGAGCCCGCGGACCCAGCAGCAGCAGCAGCAGCAGCAGCGGGCCCACCACAACAGUGUCCCCGCUCUGAGAGAGACUUUGUACGGGGCAGCUCAGCUCGUCUCAGCGCUGGAAGAGUCCUGUCAAACCCUGAAACACAACUUGGAGAAUGAGUGUGCAUGGACAGACUCUUAUCUGACUGUUUUAAAUAUGAAAAAGGAGCUCCAGGCCAAACUAAAAGUACUCAGUGACGGAGAAUAUUUAAACAAAUUAAAAGCUAAACUGGGCCGUGUGGGGAAGAGGAGGGCCCGGAAACUGAGAGCCAGCAAACUACUACAGCUGGAAGAGAAACAAAGACAGGAACACAUCUCUGAGAAAGAGGCCGCUAUAAACACAUGGAGGAUGAAGCAGAUACAUGAAGUAGAGGAGAGGAAGAAGGAGCAGGAGCUGAAGCUGGCUGCUGACUCAGUUCUCUGUGAGGUGAGGAAAAAACAGGCAGACGUGAAGAGGAUGCAGGACAUCCUGAGAUCUCUGGAGAAACUACGCAGGCUGAGGAAAGAGGCAGCAUCCAGGAAAGGGAUCAUCACAGAGCAGGAAUGCGACGGGGCGUUCAGCAGUCGACUGGAGCAGCUGAGGAGCGUGAUGAAGAGGAGGACAGCGGUUUACUCGGCAGAGGAGAAAGCUCUGAUGGUGAUGCUGGAAGGAGAGCAGGAGGAGGAGAGGAGAAGAGAGCAGGAGAGACGAGUGAAGAGGGAGAGAGAGAGACAGCUGCAGAGGAAACAGAGAGUGGACAGCAUGCUGUUUGGAGAUGAGCCUCCUGUUGAUUCUGUCCUGCAGCCCUUCAGAGAAUAUUACACCCAGGCUCAGCACUCACUACAUGCUUUAAUACAAAUCAGGAGAGAGUGGGAUGUGUUUGUAGUUGCAGCAGAUCAUCCUGAUGGUUCUUUGGUUCCUCAGAGCUGGGUCCUGCCAGACCCCCCAUCAGACCAGGACUGGGCCUCUGCUCUGCAGACUGCUGACACUGACUGAGACAGGCUCCGACUUGCUGUAUGUACUGUCAACCAGAGCCUAAAGCACAGCUCUCAGCUGAUGUGUGGAAGGCCUGUCAGUAUGAACCCAGCUGGAGAGGACAUGGAAAUAUUUUUCUACACUUGCCUUUUACUGACUCUCCCUUCUUCUCACAGCAGGACAGGGGAGCAAGUCCACCUCUUAAAGUGGAACAGAGUAACUGAGAUCACGAUCUGAAACUGUGACUGAAUUUCAAAUUGUUGUCAUUUACACCCAGAGCUCUGCAGCUUGAUGAGGAGAAAAAAAAAAAUCACAAUGUUAAUGUGAUGACGUGUGACCCACAUGUUUAAAAGGGUCAGACUGAUAAAAUGCAGAAACACCAAAAUGAAAAGAAAAAGAGUUGACACCAUUUACUGGCAACUCACACAAAAACUAAAUCCAUUCAUAUACAUUUUAUUUCACCCAUGAGCAAGGUAGCUUUGGAUCUGCUUUGGUCAGUUUUGGAAAAGUGGAAUACCUCUCCAGGUCUCAUCUCUCCUGUUUCUUAGUGUAUUUCAUCUGUUUUUUUUCCUCAGUAAUGAAAAUGUUUUGUUGGGUGGAGGAUUUUUUACUCUGCAGUAAUUUUUUGAAUCAGCACAUAAUGGAACAGAAAAAAGGAAAUAAAGUCACACAUUUGUUUACCCAC